AGCUUCUCAGCCAUCGCACAAUCAUUUAACUAUUCUGUUGUAUGAACCCUACAGCCACGGACUCGGUGAUGGAUCGACUCGACUAUGCGAGCAUCGACGCAAGGAUGAUGCUUGGCGAUCUUCGACCACACUGGAAAGUUUAUGUUUUGGGAUACGUCUCAUUGGCGACCUCAGGUCUGUCUGUCGCAUGGAAAUAGAAACGGCCUGAGCGUUGCAGCUGGUCUUUUGUGCCAUGCCAUUCGGGGAUUUACUAAGUACAGAGUUGUUUACGGG